AUGCUGCGGAAGAUGUUGAUCGAAAAUAACAGAUGCUGCUCGGAGGAGAAGGCUGAACUGGAGUCCAAAGAAGUGGCCGGAACUGCUGCUGCUUGCUCCGAUGGUCAAGGCUUCUGCGGCGCGUCUGUAGUCUCUCUGAACGGACCAGCAAGGCAGCAAGGCAGGCGGCAAAGGGAGCAGCUGUUCCAACUGAACAAGUUCAAACAUGCUCUUAUUGGAAGAUUGAUGCUGAAUAAAGGUGAUAAGCCAAGACAAACUCGUGAUCUAAAGGAGGAGUUGCAAGGCCUUUGGAAACCUUCCGCUCCCUGGCACCUCAUGCCUUUGGGUAAAGGAUAUUAUACCUUGAAAUUUCAAUCUCAGAAGGAUAAGGCUGCUGCUAAAGAAAAACUCUUAUGGGAAUUAUCUGUAGGAUCAAUUCGUCUACGUGAAUGGGUCCGUUACUUCGACCCGUACAAAGAAUCUUCCUCAAUCGCUCAAAUUUGGGUAAGAAUUUAUUAUUUACCUGUUGAGCUUUGGCAUCCUGAAGUGAUAUUAGGCAUUGGAAGAUGGUUAGGGCAACCUCUCAAAAUUGAUGGCAUCUCCAUGACAGAGGACGUUGGAAGCUACAUGCGCAUGCUUGUUGAAGUCGAUUUGGCCCAACCUUUGCCGGAGACAAUGAACAUUGAUGGGGGUGAUUAUUCUUUCCCGGUGGAAUUUUGUUAUGAAUCUAUUCCUUUGUUCUGCACUCGGUGCAAGAUUACAGGUCACUCGAUGGAUAAAUGUCGAAGGGGCGCUAAAUCCAAACCCUCGGAUGUGGUGGAGAAGCCUAUGGUCAAGGAUCCGCAGUGGAAAACCAUUAAUAAGACGGGAGGAAAGCAGGUACAGGAGAAUAGACUCUCUGCUCUUGUCAAUGUGACCAACAUGAAGGGAGAGCUUAAUGUAAUGGAAGAGCAGCAUAAUAUGCAACAGCAGGUCUCUGAGGAAGAGGAAACAGUGAAUAAAACGGGAGGUAUGCAUGUCCAGGAGAACAGAUUUUCUGCUCUGAUCGAUGUGAACAACAUGGAGGGGGAGCACACUUCAAUGGAAGAACAUCAUGGUAUGCAACAACAGACCUCUGAGGAAAAGGAAUUUGACGCUCCUGAUAAGCAGUCUGAGGUUUCUGCGAAGGUUGCUGUGCAGGUUUCGGCUAUGGAACAUCCUGAUAAAGAAAACUGCGAGCAGGAGGGAGAACCUGCCACUCUUGUCGCUGAACAGUUGGAGGAAGGGCAAGUGGAAGACGUGAUCGAGGAGUCCUCCGAUGACGAGGAUAGAUCACAUGGGAAGAUGAUUACAAAGUCUGACAUGAACCUGGGCCUUUCUGCGAUGGAGGCUCCUUUGAAUGAGAUUAAUGAACAUAGUAAUUCUGAUGCUAUGAUUGAUAUGAAUUUGACAGUUGAAGCUUUGGGGAAUCAACAAAAAGCUAAACAAGUCAUACAGAUUGCUGACAGUUCGUUGAACACGGUCAUUAAAAGAAGGGGGCGACCGCGAAAGCAAGACCAGAUUGCGCGCAAUCAUAAUAAUGCUCUGAAAAAGCAUGAGGAGAAUAUCAAAAGCAGGUUGAGGAAUUCUAUAGAGGCAGGACACAAGCCUAACGACUACAUAGUGGAUUAUAGCAACACCAGUAGCAUGCGAAUUAUGGACAAUGUGGUUAAUAAACGAUGGAGUGACGAAGUGGAGGCGGGUGGAACAUCCGUGGCUUUACGGAUGAAUCAAAGCGCUUACUGA